UUUAACUAAGGUUUAGUUUAUGAACUCAGAUCCUCUGUUAUUUAGGGAAUAAUGUGCACUAAUUCUGUACAUACUGGUGUAACACAGCUGCCGGAGAUGAACUCUCUCUCAUCAAAUUCUAUCCAAAUGUUUCGCCUUCUGCUCCUCCUAGCACUCCUCCCUUCCUCCUUUGCCCUCGACUUCCUCUUCAAUUCCUUCAAUGCCACCGCCGACCUCAACCUCAACCUCACCGACGACGCUCGGCUCGAGUCCUCCACCAUCAGACUCACCAACGACUCCAACCAGUACUCAAUCGGCCGAGUGUUCCACCGAUCUCGAAUCCAAAUGAAAUCCAUUUCCAAUUCCACCACCAUCUCUUCCUUCUCCACCUCCUUCGUCUUCUCCAUCUUGCCGGAGAUCAGUUCCAGUCCCGGCUUCGGCCUAGCCUUCGUCCUUUCCAACUCCACCGCACCCCCAGGCGCCCUCGCCAGCCAAUACUUCGGCCUCUUCUCCAACGCCACAGUCCCCACCGUCGCCCCCCUCCUCGUCGUCGAAUUCGACACCGGCCGGAACACGGAAUUCAACGACCCAGAUGACAAUCACAUCGGAAUCGACCUGAACAACAUCCAAUCGGCGGUCACUGUUAGCGGUGGGUACUAUAACUCCACCAAUAGUAAUGAUCUCAUCCCUGUAGAUAUGCGAAAUGGGCAGAACAUACAUGCCUGGAUUGAAUUCGAUGGAUCAAAAUUUGAAAUCAACGUCACAAUCGCUCCGGCUGGGAUGGCUCGGCCUUCCCGGCCGUUGCUCACCUACAGAGAUCCAAUAAUUGCAAACUAUGUCUCUGCAGAUAUGUUUGUUGGGUUCUCUGCUUCGAAAACCCAUUGGAUUGAAGCACAGAGGAUCCUCGCUUGGAGUCUCAGCGACACUGGUCCUGCAAGAGCCAUCAACACUACGAAUUUGCCGGUUUUUAAGCUUCAGUCAUCGUCCUCUUCGCUCUCUUCCGGAGCUAUUGCCGGAAUUACGAUUGCAUCUGUUGUAUUCAUUGUUUGCUUAUCUGGGUUUUACUGGUUUUGGCGAAAGACUACGAAAGAAGAAGAGGAUGAGAUUGAAGAUUGGGAGCUCGAAUACUGGCCGCACAGAUAUUCAUACGAAGAGCUCAGUGAGGCCACCAAUGGCUUCUCCAAAGAUGAGCUUCUAGGGACUGGUGGGUUCGGCAAAGUAUACAAAGCAACACUACCCAACAACACAGUCGUCGCCGUCAAGUGCGUAAGCCACGACUCGAAGCAGGGUUUGAGAGAAUUCAUGGCGGAGAUUUCGAGUAUGGGUCGUCUUCAACACAAGAACUUGGUUCAAAUGCGAGGUUGGUGUCGAAAGGGCAACGAAUUGAUGCUUGUGUACGAUUAUAUGCAGAAUGGUAGCCUGAAUCGAUGGAUAUUCGACAAACCCAAGACGCUUUUGGGUUGGGAUGAUCGGAGAAAAAUCCUCGCCGACGUAGCAGAGGGUUUGAACUAUCUCCACCAUGGUUGGGACCAAGUGGUGAUUCACAGAGACAUUAAGUCGAGCAACAUUUUGUUGGGGUCUGACAUGAGAGGUCGAUUGGGUGAUUUUGGUCUAGCAAAGUUGUAUACGCAAGGGGAGGUGCCGAACACGACGAGGGUGGUGGGGACUUUGGGAUAUUUGGCGCCGGAGCUGGCUACGGUGGCGGCCCCGACGGAGGCGAGUGAUGUUUAUAGCUUUGGGGUGGUGGUAUUGGAGGUGGCGUGUGGGCGGAGGCCGAUAGAGUUGAGGGCGGAGGAGGAGGAGGCGCUGUUGAUUGAUUGGGUGAGGGGGAAGUAUGUGGAGGGGAGGUUGUGGGAAGUGGCGGAUGAGAGGAUUAAAGGGGAGUGCGAGGUGGAGGAGAUGGAGGCGGUGUUGAAGCUUGGGUUGGCUUGUUGUCACCCUAACCCACUCCACCGCCCCACUAUGAAGGAGGUGGUGAUGAUUUUGGUUGGGGAGGAGGCGGCAGCAGCGCUACCGCCGAUUGUGAUGUCGUCCGAAUUGAGGAGUGCCAGUGGUGGUCACCGCGGUGGUGAUGAUGAGGCGCCACAAGUUCAAGUUUGAAUUUACGUUUUUGACCUUUUUUUUUUCAUUUUAUUUUUGAAAAAAUAUUUUUUUUUUGUAUUUAUUUUAAAAUUUUGAUACGGGUGUGUUUGGAUAGAAGGAUUUUAUAUAGGUUUUCAGUUUUUUAUCUCCUCUAUUCAACUAAUGUUUCAUUAAAGAUCAGUUUCUAUAAUUCUGAAACAUUUGAUAAUUGGAAUAUAGAUUAUAGACCAGAGAAAAAGUGUUUGUUAAUGUA